AUGCAUUGUAAGCAGGAAUCUCUUUAUUAUGAAAUAGUAAUCCCUAGGAACCUGAUGAUGUUCAGAGGAGUGGAAGAAAAAGCAGAAAAAGUAUCUUAUGUCCUUUUGAUAAGAGGAAAACGGCAUGUUAUUAACUUGAAGCAGAAGAGAGGACUAUUUGUCAAGAACUUUCCUGUCUAUACACAUCAAAAUGGAAAACUAAGAUUGGAUAUGCCUUUUAUACAGGAUGACUGCUACUAUGAUGGGUACUCAGAAGGUGACACAGGUUCUCUUGUUACUAUCAGUACUUGCUCAGGGCUAAGGGGAAUAUUGACUUUACAAGGCACUGUUUUUGGUAUCAAGCCUAUAAAUACCUCAAAUAAAUUUGAGCAUAUGGUUUAUAGAGUAUCUCUAAAAUCAGAUGUAUCCUGUGUAGUCAAUGGAGAUGAACAGGAAGAACUCUUAACCAAUUCACAAUUUCAGAGCAGAAUAGAACUCUCCUCACUCCGUAUGCCCUAUAUGUGGUCACAUCCCAAGUAUGUAGAGAUGUUUAUUGUGGUUGAUAAUAAACGGUUCCAAAUGUGGAAUUAUAAUGUGACCAAAACGACACAGAUGGUAAUGGAUGUUCAUGCUCUGGUCAAUAGGUACAUGAGGGAGGUAAAUGUGAAAGUAGUCCUUACUGGAUUAGAGAUAUGGACAGAGAGAAACCUAGUGCAAAUUGCCUUGAAUCUGCAGGAAACCCUUCAAAAUUUUAACCAAUGGAGAGACUGGCAUCUUUUGAGAAGGGUAAGGCAUGAUGUUGCUCACAUGAUUAUUGGCCAAAAUCUUGGAAAGUACCAGGGUCAUGCAUUUCUCAGUGGUAUUUGCACUGAUAAAAAUGCAACCAGUGUUGAAGCCUUCUCUCAUGAAGAUACACUCCAUUUGGCAGCACUCAUGGCUCAUGAACUUGGCCACAACCUGGGAAUGAAGCAUGACCAUGUGGACUGCAAGUGCCAUGGCCAGAACCUCUGUACUAUGCAUGAAUUCAUUACUGUAGAUAUGGGCUUCAGCGACUGCAGCUUCCAUUACUUCUACCAGCUGUUGCAUAAACACAGAGGGAAUUGCCUGUUUAAUAAACCUGAACUCCAGAGCUCCUUUGGAAAAUCAUAUUGUGGGAAUAAGAUAGUGGAUCAAGGAGAAGAAUGUGAUUGUGGCAGUGUCCUUGAUUGUCAAAAGGAUCACUGUUGUCUGCCUUCAUGCCACCUAAAGAAGGGUUCAGAUUGUGCAUUUGGAUCCUGCUGCAAAAACUGCAAAUUUCUAAAAGCAACCACACCCUGUCGUCCCAGUGUAGAUGAAUGUGAUCUUCCAGAGUACUGUAACGGCACCUCCAAGUGGUGCCAGGCAGAUACCCACAAGCAAGAUGGUACCCCUUGCAAAGAACAAGGUUAUUGUUACCAGGGCCAGUGCAGAAGCCUGGAGAAUCAGUGUGUUAAAAUCUUUGGACAGGGCACUAGGGUGGCCCAGGAAAAGUGCUAUCAUUACAUGAAUACCAAGGGGGACAGAUUUGGGAACUGUGGCAGUGAUUCGAAAGGAAUAUUUAACAAGUGCAAGAAUGAAGAUAUAAAAUGUGGGAGGCUGUUAUGUGAAAACAUACAAAAGUUACCACGCAUUGGAAAACAUCAUACACUUAUCCAGUUUCCCAUGCAUGGCACAUGGUGUUGGGGUACAGAGUUUUUUGAAGACAUAAACAGGGUUGAUGAGGGAGAGGUGAAGGAUGGUAGCCCAUGUGGUCCACAGAAGAUCUGUAUCAAUCGAACCUGCUUAGAUACUACUGUACUCCACUAUGACUGCAACCUGGAAAAGUGCCAUGGAAAGGGCGUUUGCAAUAAUUUUAAGAACUGUCACUGUGCCUAUGGCUAUGCCCCUCCAACAUGUGAAUUUGAAGGUUAUGGGGGCAGUUUGAACAGUGGCCCAGCUCCACGUGUUCCCGCUAAGUAUGGCAAAAAGCUGAAAAUCCUUAUCUGGGUCUUGCAUUUCCUUUUCCUAGUCCUCAUUGCUACUGUCUUUUUGUUUGUAUAUAUCCACAGAAAAAAGACCAGUGUCAAUGCAAAAACUUCAUUGCAGAAGCAAGAUGAACAAAUGUGA